GUGUUUGUGUGUGUGAUUCUCUGCCAGACGCGCUUGUAUUUCGGAUCUUCUUGUGUUUCGGUGGAAAUCGGUGAGAUAUUCUGAGCUUAUGAUUUCAUCCAUACGUGUUCAUGACGGAACCGCCUUUAUCUUUUAUUCAUUUAUGGAGACCGCAGAGAUUUGCACCGGGACUGACACUAUGCGCUCGGUAACCGGCUGAUGCUGAUGCUGACAUCUUCCAUCGUCCGUCUGCUUUAACGGGAACACUGCGCUCAUUCGUGAUCCAUUCAUCUCGUAUAGACGGAUUCAACAUGUCCAUGAAAGCCAAAAACGGCGAGGCGGUGAAGGUGGUGGUUCGGUGUCGCCCGCUCAACCGUAAAGAGGAAUCGAUGGGGUAUGAGAAUAGCGUGCAGAUGGAUGUGAAACUGGGCCAGGUGGCCCUGCGGAACCCCAAGGCGGGUCUGGGAGAGCUGCUCAAGACCUUCACGUUCGAUGCGGUUUACGAUGCUUGUUCCAAACAGAGCGACCUGUACGACGAGACGGUGCGACCGCUCAUUGACUCGGUUCUGCGCGGCUUCAACGGCACCAUCUUCGCGUACGGACAGACGGGAACCGGGAAGACGUACACCAUGCAAGGCCAGUGGCUGGACGCCGAGCGCCGCGGCAUCAUCCCGAACUCGUUUGAGCACAUCUUCACACACAUCUCGCGCUCUCAGAACCAGCAGUACCUGGUCCGGGCCUCUUAUUUGGAGAUCUACCAGGAGGAGAUCCGCGACCUGCUCACCAAAGACCAUAGCAAGAAGCUGGAGCUGAAGGAGAGCGCCGACUCAGGGGUCUACAUCAAAGAUCUGUCCUCUUUCGUCACCAAGAACGUAAAGGAGAUCGAGCACGUGAUGAAUGUGGGGAACCAGACCAGAUCGGUGGGCUUCACCAACAUGAACGAGCACAGCUCGAGGUCUCAUGCUAUCUUUAUCAUCACGGUGGAGUGCAGCCAGCUUGGGCCAGACGGACAGAACCACAUCCGAGUUGGCAAACUCAACCUGGUUGACCUUGCGGGCAGUGAGCGACAGACCAAGACUGGCGUCCAAGGAGAACGUCUGAAGGAGGCCACCAAGAUCAACCUGUCCCUCUCCGCUCUGGGAAAUGUAAUCUCUGCGUUGGUGGACGGGCGAAGUUCUCACGUUCCCUACCGUGACUCUAAACUCACGCGGUUGCUGCAGGACUCAUUGGGCGGGAACGCCAAGACCAUCAUGGUGGCCACUUUGGGACCGGCCUCCUACAAUUACGAGGAGACCCUGACUACCCUGCGUUACGCCAACCGCGCCAAGAACAUCAAGAACAAGCCUCGUGUCAACGAAGACCCCAAAGACGCCCUCCUGAGGGAGUUCCAGGAGGAGAUCGCCCGGCUGAAAGCGCAGCUGGAUAAACGCGGCAUGCUCACCAAGAGGAAGAGGAGGAGCAGGAGACUGAGAAAGACCGGAGAAGGAGGAGAAGAAGAGGUAGAGGAGGAGGAGGAGGAUGUUGAAGAUGAUGAUGAAGAAAGCAUGGAGAAGGAGGCGCAGGAGUACAUGAAGGAGCAGCAGGAGAAGCUGGAGAGAGAGAAGGAGGCCAUCAGAGACGAUCAUUCUCUGGUGGCCGAGGAGAAACAGAGACUCCUGGAAGAGAAAGAGAGGAUGAUGAGACAUCUGAAGAAGGAGCAAGAGGCCACAGAACUCCUCACAGCCAAGUUUAAGGCAAUGGAGAGCAAGCUGCUGGUUGGUGGGAAGAACAUUAUUGAUCACACUAAUGAGCAACAGAAGAUGCUUGAACACAAAAAACAUGAGAUUGCAGAACAGACACGCAGAGAGAGAGAAAUACAGCAGCAAGUGUUGGCUCAGGAUGAGGAGACACUAGAACUCAGAGAAACAUUCUCCUCACUGCAACAGGAAGUGGAAGCAAAGACCAAGAAACUCAAAAAGCUGUAUGCGAAGCUUCAGUCUCUGAAGGCAGACAUUCAGGAUGUGAAUGAUGAGCAUGUGAGGAGCCGGCAGGAGCUGGAGCAAACACAGAAUGAACUGACCAGAGAACUCAAAUUCAAAUAUCUGAUUAUAGAGAACUUUAUACCUCCUGAAGAGAAGAAUAAAAUCAUGAACAGACUUCAGUUUGACGCUGAGGAAGACCAGUGGAAGUUUCAGCCUCUCGUUCCUGCAGAGGAUAAAUUCACGCAAAUGAAGAGAAGACCCACCUCCGCUGUGGGAUACAAGCGACCAAUCAGCCAGUACGCCAGGGUUGCCAUAGCGAUGGGAGCUCAUUCCAGAUACAGGGCAGAGAAUAUAAUGGUUAUGGAACUGGACAUGACUCCUCCUGUCAUGUUUCAACUGGAUCUCCCAAAGUUUGGAUCAGAGGUGGAAUUAUCCCGAGAUAUGCUGUUGGACAACACCAGUUACAGAGAGAAAUCAGCAUCUGGACGGGUCAGAAAAUCUCAGUCAUGGUGUCAGUCUCGGCAAGUCAUUUCCUCCUCAAGCUCCGCCCUCUCCCUGGCAUCCUCAGGGUCCCACAGCUUGCCACACCCACAGAACAUCACCAUGGCAACAGCCCAGGAAUGAGACUUGGAACUACCAUAUUCCCGCCCCCGUAAGGGAUAAACAAUAGUCAUUCAAUUCUUAAUAGACCAAGGAAGACGGGGGAAGAUGAACCGUCCGUCAUUAGUAACCAAGACUGGAGUGAUCAAACUUGCCUGUGAUCUGAUAAAACAGGAGAAACAUUGAACGCAGGACUAGUAACACCAACUCAUCAGGAGGACCAAUUAAACAAUCAAUAUUAUAAAAAUGAUUCGCCCUUUCUCUCUCUCUAGCUCUCUGCUCCUCAGGACAGUGAAGACACUUUGAUAACGGCCAUCAACAGCACUGAAUAACUUUGCCUCACCUGACACCUGAGGCUAGGUUAAGCUAGUUAUUUUCAUUCAUUUUGCUGCUUCCAAAAACCGUCGGUCAACCUCAGUGUUUACAUACUGACCUGCACGGGUCCGAUCCAGGAGUAGAGCCACACACCUCGAAUGAUGGAAGCCAAAAGGACGGGACUUUCUGAUCGCUCACCCUGAGCUUUCGAGAAGAGAGCUGAGCAAGAGGAACGUGUCUCUUUCUAUCUGCAUGUCUUCUUACUGUACGUGUGUGUCUUUGUGAUUCUGAUCAGGGUUCUGGACGGGAGGCGGCUGAUUGGCUGGAGGAAGGAUCUACAGGGUUCCCACAGGCUCAUGGAAAACCUGGAAUUGUCAGGGAAUUUGAUUGGUUUUCCAGGCCUGGAAAGGUCAUGGAAAUUAAUAGAAUGUUAGUUAUGGAGAUUUAAUGUAUGCAUUUUUUAAAUAUAAAUAUAAACACAAUAUAAUAUAAAUAAAUAUAAACAUGAAAACAGAAUUGUAAAAAAAAAAUAAUAAUCUAUUGUUAAACAAUGACAACACCUAUCAUAAAAAUGAUGAGUGUGUAUAUAUACAUAUAUAUAUACACAUUCAAAUGGGGUCAGUUCAUUUUUUUUCAGUGUUUUUGAAAUGCAAGGCUGCAUUUAUUUGAUCAAAAAUACAGUAA